AUGGUCUUCGUUGGCGACAAGAAGUACGCUUGUGAAACGUGCAUCAAAGGUCACCGCUCCUCCUCCUGCAAACACACCGACCGACCGCUCUUCGAGAUCAAGAGGAAGGGGCGGCCGGUCACGCAGUGCGAACACUGUCGCGCACUGCGUAAAACUCGCCAAAUCCACGUCAAAUGCGUCUGUGAAUCCAAAGACGCCGCCGACGGCCCCAGCCUCCCACGCAAGGUGUGUUGA